AAUAGAUUUUGGCAGAAGGCAGGAAGGACACAAAGGCAUACAGGAUUGCGAGCAUGGGAAAUUCAUGCAUUAAUCAGCUCCGUUUCUUGAUUUUCCUGAUUGCUAGUCUCGCCGGCGCGUACCAAUCCUAUGGCUUUCACCACCUUUCUCCCAAACCAAGAGUUCCUCUGUUCGUCUUUGGCGAUUCACUUUACGAUCCAGGCAACAACAACUACAUUAACACCACCCCCGAUUUCCUGGCCAAUUUUUUGCCAUAUGGAGAAACUUUUUUCGAAUUCGCAACCGGGAGAUUUUCCGACGGCCGUCUCAUUCCCGAUUUUAUUGCUAAAUAUGCAAAGCUACCAUUAAUUCCACCCUACUUCCAGAGUAGCUAUCGUCAAUUCGUUUAUGGGGUGAAUUUUGCAUCUGGAGGUGGAGGAGCUCUUGUUGAAACCCAUGAGGGCAAGGCAAUUGACCUAAAAACGCAGUUGAGGUAUUUUAAGAAUGUUGAGAAGCAGUUGAGGAGGGAGCUAGGUAAAGAAGGAACGGACCAAUUGCUCUCCAAUGCUGUAUACAUGUUUAGUAUAGGAGGCAAUGAUUUAUUGGCCCCAAAUCCCAUAUUUAGCAGCUUUUCUACCGAAGAAUAUGUUGGAAUCAUUGUUGGAAACUUCACAGAAGUUCUAAAGGAAGUUUAUAAGGCGGGAGGGAGAAAAUUUGGAUUUCUUAGCUUGUUGCCUUUGGGAUGUCUGCCGUAUGUUAGAGCUCACAAUGCAGAGGGCAACGGGGAGACGUGCGUGAAAGACCUCACGGACUUGGCGAAAUCAUACAAUGCGGCACUCGCUCAGAAAUUCAAGCAGCUACAGAAGCAGCUCAAAGGAUUUAUCUACUCAAAUUUCGAUUUCUUUAAUGCAGUUACCCAAAGACUUUCUAAUCCGUCAAAGUAUGGUUUCAAGGAAGUGAAGAGUGGAUGCUGUGGUAGCGGAGCUUAUCGGGGAAAUUAUACCUGUGGAGGGAAGAGAGGAGACGCCGCCUAUGAAUUAUGUGAUAAUCCUGAGGAACACUUCUUUUUUGACUCUUACCAUCCAUCUGAAACAGCCUACCAUCAAUUCGCUGAGUUGAUGUGGAAUGGAUCUCCCAGUGUUACGGGACCGUGUAGUCUCAAGUCGCUCUUUGAAGUUUGAGCUCACCAGUUCAGCAAAGAUAAGAGCAAAAGGCAUCAGAACCACUGAGCUAAGGCCACCACCAAAGUUGGUGGGGUGGGAGGUCAGGGAUCAAACCUGCCUCCUCCCACUAUUGGCCAUAAAAUAUGAUGAGACGGCUGCGUGUGCAUUUGUUUGGGUUGAUAGGCGGUUCAGUCCCCUUCGAUUUUCUCCCGACCUCUUUAGAUCAUUCCCUUCCCCGUAACAUAGAAUAAUUGUAAGUCUAUCGUAUCGACAAAAAAAAAAAAAAAAAA